CAUAUAUAUCACCACAAAAAAACCACAAAAUAUGUUAUUGUAAUGAAUUUCUUUUACAAGUUGUUGACUAGCAGUAGAGCAUACAUACAAGCUGCAACUGCUUCAAACUAAUUAUUCUCUUCCAGUGAGAGUAAUUGCGAGGAGAAAUCAGGCAAAAAUGGCUUACAAUCUUGAAUCCCUUGUAAAAAUUCUUGAGCAGAUCCUGCACCCUGAUCAUCACAAACCUAUUUGGAUCCUUGAUCCUGACAAGAAACCAAUGAUUGAGUCCCUCCUGGAAAAGGCCCGUUCCUUGAGAAAUUUUUUCGAGAAUUCUUCUUCAGCAGUAACUGUUGAUGGAAUCCGAGAUCUGGAGAGCUUUGUCGGAGCUGCAGCACAGGAUGCAGAAGAUAUUCUUGAAUCCCACCUUACGGAUCAAAUUCUUUCAGCUCCGGGAGGUAAGGGAUUCACUCUCUCCCCUCCGAACCUGUCGGAACUAAAUACAAGACUUGAUUCUGCGGUGGAAGAGAUGAGGAAGAUCAUGAGCAGGAUUCGGAUGGCAAAGCAAGAUCAAGAUCCAAAGAACGUCGUAGUGGGAAUUACCGAAGACGUGAAUAAAUUGAGGGAUUGGCUUACUAAUUUGCAAGACACUGGAGCACGCAAAGUCGUCCCAAUCGUAGGCAUGGGAGGCAUUGGUAAGAGCACUCUCGCGCGACAUCUUUAUGAUGAUUCGUUUAUUAUUUCCCACUUUGAUACUCGGGCAUGGAGUACAGUUUCACAAAACUAUAACGUGCACAAGAUUCUACUAGAUCUUCUUGGUUGUGUUACCGGAAAACCCACAGAUGAAAUGCUUGGAGAGGAAGAUGACCAAUUAGGUUUGCGUUUACAUCAAAAUUUGAAAAGGCGGAGAUAUCUGAUUGUUUUAGAUGAUAUAUGGAAUAUUGAGCCUUGGGAACAUAUUGCAAGAAGGUAUUUUCCGGAUGAUGGAAAUGGAAGUCGGAUCAUCGUCACCACCAGGGAAUCGAAAGUGGCUGACGACACCGGCUCAGGAAGCCCACAUCACUUGAUGAAUCUUCUGAAAGAUGAUGAAAGCUGGAAGCUUCUUCAUCAAAAGGUAUUUGCAACACAAGAAACUUGCACCCCUGAACUGGAAGAUGUUGGGAGAAGAAUUGCAAACAAUUGCAGAGGACUUCCUCUUGCAAUCAAUGUGAUUGGUGGGCUCCUCUCGCAGGCAAAAAGAAGCCCUGAAUCAUGGGAGCAAAUUGCAAAGGAUGUAAGCUCAGUUGUAGCUGACAAGGAACAAUUCUCGAAUAUAUUAUCCUUAAGUUACAAUAAUUUGCCGUAUCAUCUUAAACCAUGUUUUCUUUAUAUGGGUGCUUUUCCAGAAAACUAUGAAAUUCGUGCUUCAAGACUCAUCAAAUUGUGGGUAUCCGAGGGGUUCUUAAAACCAGUUUCAGAUACAAGCCCAGAAGAGGCUGCACAGAUUUACCUGAAGGCUCUUGUUGACAGAAAUCUUAUCUUUGUCCAUCGACAAGAGCCUAAAGGAAAUGCGAAAAGCUACAGUUUACAUGAUCUCUUGAGGGAUCUAUGUGUGAGGAAAGCUCAUGAAGAGAAGUUUCUACUUGUCAAGGCACCCGACGGUCUCCCAAGUGACACACUACAAUUGCGUCGUAUGUCUACUCGAGAUCCUAAUAUAUCAGCCAAACAAAUGCAGUACGCCCGUUCUUUUCUAUUCACUGGUGCUGCAAGUCGAGAGAUAUUAUCUGAUGUGGUCUCUGAAUUCAGAUUGCUGAGGGUAUUAGAUAUAUUGGGAAUAAAAUCCGACCAGUUUCCAGAGGAAAUACUACAGCUAGUAAACCUAAGGUAUCUUGCUUUAUCCUCCGCUGAAACUUUACCUUCUUCGAUAUCUAGACUACGUAUUUUGCAAACCUUAAUUGUUCAAGCAAUCGCAUCAUCGUCUUGGCCAUGUGCAAUAACGCCUGCAAUAUUAGAUAUGACACAAUUAAGACACAUCAAGUUCAAGGGAACUUAUGUCCGGUACCAUGAUAAGAUCAGGACGCGUUCUGUUGUGCAAAAGAAUCUUAUAAGUUUAUCUACAAUAGCAAUCUCUCAACUUUCUCAUAAGUUCCUUGAGACUGUGGGAAACAUGAAGGAAUUAGGAAUCAUCUGUGGUUGUCCUAGUUCCCCUGAAAGAGAUCUAACCCUUCCUCAUAAACUCGAAAAACUCAAAUGUAGCUCCACUGAUUUGUCGUAUACACAAGUCUUCUUGUCUUGUCUUAUUUUUCCAUCUACACUCAAGAAGUUGACUGUGAGCGGCUGCAUUAUCAUGGACGGACAUAUGAAUAAAAUUGGUGAGUUGCCGAAUCUUGAAGUGCUCAAGCUGCGAAAAGAUCACUUUGAUAGCUCAAUGUGGGAGCCAAGUGAAGGGGGAUUCUCCCGGCUCCGGUUUUUGCUGCUUGAAGAUUUGGAUCUAGUUAACUGGAUAGCCGAUUACAGCCACUUCCCACGACUGGAGCACCUGGUUAUCCGAGGUUGCUCCGAUCUUGAGGAAAUCCCUCCUGGUAUUGGAGAAAUCACAACACUUGAGAUAAUCGAGGUCCAGCGUUCCAGCGCUUCAGCAGUGGCUUCAGCACUGAAAAUACAGGAGGAACAAGCAGACUAUGGGGUUCAAGUUCGUUUCGGCCCUUCGCACUGAUAAUGAUGAGCUCCUCCACUUAUUCAUUGCCUU